AUGAGAGAGAGAAUCACAUACUUCAGCCCGCAAGAUGCUGACUUGGACCCCAACCAGCUGGACAUCAACGACGCGCAAGUCCAAGGCCCGCCGGUGGAGGCGCUGCGGGAGCACAAAGUCACGCUGACGUUGCCGGAGCUUCCCUCUGAAAUCGCCGGCCUUCUCCGCGAUCUCGACCAGCUGCAUCUGAAAUGGGCAACGUCGGCGAGCUAUAGCACUCUGGAGCCCUUCAUCUCUCGCAUCUCCCCCGGCCUUCACGUAUCAUAUACUCCUAUCAAGGAGGAUCACGACCCGGAAAAGCUGUGCACGGCUCUUCAGGCGUUUGGGCGGCUAGACUGUUCAUCUCCAGAUGUAUUCAUCAACCUCAGCAAUGAGCGUCAGGCAGGCUCUCCAGAACUAUUCUUCUACAAUGAGUUGGAGAAACUGGACGGGUUUGCAAAGAGGCUCGGUCCGGUUGUAUGCUCAGGACCAACUGCCGCCGAAUGCAGGAAACGGCUGCAAGAUCUCAAGGACGCCGUCAGCUUGGACAUGUCUUACGAUUCCAUCUCGGAGUCUGUCAAGAUUCAGGCCCUAUGGCCUCUCCAGGAGCGGGAGAUAUCCGUGCCUGCGUCACCCAAGGGCCGCACCGAAGUCGGCAUUCUACGCAAAGGUGCCGUGACGGGCAUGGAGGCCCAUGAAAUCGGCGUCUCAGGCAUUUUAGCAGUCGUCGGGGAGGCAAAGGAGCCAUCACCAACCAUGUUUGCCUUUGCAGCGCGACACAGAGCUGCGUCGGGGUCUUUCAAAUCCAAGUUUCAGCAACCCACAGGUCUACACCCCACUCUACAGCUGAGUCUCAGUACGACAGCACCUCCCCUUGACGACGGCGCCGAGUGCGCUCCAUACGCAUACUUUACUUUUCCAAAGGUCAUCUUUGCGGACAGGUACCAGUUGGCGGAUGAGCUAUUCCUUGCGUCUAAAAACUUGGCAGCCGCAAAGUACGUGAGUGAGCCGGUGGACCUCGAGGCUCCCGCAUACACAACCAAGGAGUGGGGAUCCAAUGUGCUUCUUGAAUUGGCACCUCCAAAGGACAAGACUUCAACUAAGAACUGGACCGUCGAGGUGCCGCUUCAUCUACGAUAUCUCAAACCCUCCCCGACAGGCAAGGAAGAGGCGGGGAUUCCUUACCCUGCAGUGUUCUGGGCGUGCAGUGGCGAUCCAGACAUCGGCUAUGCUAUCAACCCAUUUGACCGUAUCAACCUGGGGUAUGACGGCCUGUUCGAACCGGGCACUACAUUUUGGCAUGUGAGCCCUAAGCCAGCGGCUGAUGGCCGUCUCAUCAACAACAUCAGCGUCCCCGUGGUGAGGGAGGGAGUGUCUCAAUGGGUGGGAAUUGGAACAGCGGCUGCCGUAGGCCUGGGCUUCGUCUGGGUCCUAAUGAAGCUGAUGGGGGGAUAUGCAAAGUCGGGACAUGGAACAGUCAAGGCGACGGAGGAUAAAGACAAAAAGGAGAAAUAG